CGCCCCAUCCGCAGGGACAGCGGGAACUCACCUUCCGUUCUAUCUUGCUGACCACCUUCCCCUUCCUCUUGCGUCUACUGCGUCUCCCGGGUCAUGAGCCUCAAUCCUUCUCAGACUGCCUCUCUUGCAAGGCAAACUCGUGUCAGGAUGCUACUAUUCCGGGCAUCCUGUCCAGGUUUCCUGUCCGGCAGCCUAAGCGAAGAAACUCCCUUGCUCUUGUUUAUAUUGCUCUGCAUGCUCAGCCCGCCUGGGCUGCAGCUGUGCCAUCUCGCUACCUGGUUACCAAGUCAUCUUUGCUCCUUUCUGGCAGCUCGAUCAUGAUGGAAACGUAGGUCGAAUAUUAUUAGAAUUUCAUAUUUACAAAUACUUCGAUCUACCGA